GAUAAGUAUAUAAAACCUAAUCAGUUAACUCUUAACUGAUAAAUAUUUGCUGUGUUUAGAGAAUAAUUUUCAAAUUUUAAAUUAUGUCGAAAAACUGCGAUGAAAUACUUCUUAGUGAAGAGUAUAGGCCUGGUGAAUUUAAUAUUAUAUACAAACGACAUGGUAGUGAAAAUUAUAUUUAUAUAUUUAGUAAUUGCUAGUAAAAACAAUUAAUAUUAUGUUAUAGGUACUACUUUUUACUGGCAUAAUAUUAUAGUAGUCCAAACAAAUUGAUGGUUAUUAGCAAUAGAAAAUAUUAUAUUUACCUAUUUAUUAUUUUUUUAUUCAGAUCAACGGCAGUUAAUAUUGGAAUCUGAAAGACGUAAACAAUCAAUUAGUUUAUAUAAUAGAUGUAUUUAUUUUUUAAAAGAAGUAUUUUUACCUAGAGGAUUUCCAAAUAGUGUAAGCAAGGACUACACAGAGUAUCAGAUUUGGGAUACAGUACAGGUAAUAUAAUGUAUAAUCGAUUACAGCAAAUCUAGCAGAAUCAAAUUUUCGGGAAGGCUUCUAAGUAAAAUUAUGUUUUUGAACAAAAUUGAACCCCAUCCCCUUUGUAAUCUUUAAUUUAGUAAAUUGAUUAAGUUAUAUUUACUAAGAAUGUAAAAAUACCCUGUAGUCUUAAUUUCAAUUACCCAUAGUAAUAAUUGUUAUUAUUUUUAUUUAAAAUAAGAGUAUUUGAUAAAAAAAUUCAAAAUAAAUAAAUUCAAGUUUUUACUAAUUUUAUACUUGCGAUUUCAUAUACCUACCCUCAAUAAUUUAUUUAUGUUUUUUUUUUUUAUAUAAAAUAAGUAUUCAAAAUAUAACUUAAAUUUGGCUGUAUGCACUGUUUUUUUGUAAAGAUGUAGUAAUGGAUACUUAUUAUAAAUACAUUAGAUCUUCUAAAAGUACAAGUCAAAUCAAAAAUAGAAAUUGAAUAUUGAUAUAUAAAAAAAAAAUCACUUAGUACAUAUUUAAUUAGUUAAAUAAAUAUAUCCUUUUACUAGAUUAACCUAUUAAUACAAUUUAUUUUUAGGCGUUUUGUAGUACAAUUACAAAUAUAUUAGCUACAAAUGCUAUUUUGAAAGGUAUUGGUGUAGGAGAUGCUCAAGCUUCAGCUCUUACUGCAACGAUUACUUACAUACUUAAAGAUGGAGCUGGUAUGAUUGGGCGUAUUACUUUUGCGUGGUGGAAAGGGUAAAUUCCAUAUUUUUUACCAUAUGUAGAAUAGAUGUACAUAACAAUAUAUUUAUGUUUUUCCUUUAAUUUUUAAAGGAACUAAAUAUCAAUCACUAUAAAGGUAGAUAUAGCUUGUGUAAUGUAUUUAUGUGUGUGUUUUUAUAAACUGUUUAAUUAUUAUAUUUAAUUGAUUUUAGAUCUGAAUUGGACACACAAUGUAAAAAAUGGAGACUCCGGGCUGAUGCACUAAAUGAUUUAGCAAUAUUUAUUGAAUUACUCCUAAGCUUUUCUUGGAUUAGACAAUAUUCAUUAAUAGUUUUCUCAUUUUCAAGUUGUGCUAAAUCCAUUGUAGGUGUUGCUGGAGGAGCCACACGUGCAGCAUUAACACAGCACCAGGUAUUUUCAGUUAAAUAUUUGAAGACAAUUUCAAUAUCAACCAAACAUAAUACAGAUUGUAUAAUAUAAUAUAUAAUGCAUAAUAAUAUUUAUAUAUUUAAUAAUUUUAUUGAUUUUCUUAGAAAAUUAUUUAAACUUUGUGAAGAAAUUAUUUAUACAUCAUUUUGUGUUCUAUAUUUAAUUAUUAUACCAAUACAAUAAAAUCCAUCCAUUUAUGUGUAUGUACAUAUUGUAUAUACUAUAAUAACAAUAAUAAGAUAAAUAAAAAGUUGUAUAAAAUUAAUUAUUAACGCUUUUAAAAAGUUUGCCUAUUAAUUUUAAUGUUUUGAAAUUAUUUAUUUCUAAUAAAAAUAAAUACAAUUUAUAUUUUUGUUUACAUUUUGUUAUAAAAUAUAUAAAUUAGUUUGUUAUUUUCUAAAUAGGCUAUUCGUGAAAAUAUGGCAGACGUUUCAGCAAAAGAUGGUAGUCAAGAAACAUGUAUUAAUUUAAUUGCAUAUUUAAUUGGAUUAAUUAUUUUACCCAUUAUUGAAAACCAUUUAUUGUAAGUAUAGUUUGGUAAAAAAAGAUAUUUUUAAAUCAUACUUAUAUAGUUAUACUUGUCAAUAUUAAUAAAAAUGUUUCCUAGUUUUAUAUGGGCCAUAUACAUAGUAGUGACAUUUUUGCAUUUGUUUGCAAACUACAAAGCAGUAAAGAGCUUAAAUAUUAAUGUCUUUAAUAGUGCACGUUUUGAUCUGACACUUAAAUAUUAUUUGUCGAAUGAUACUCAAAACCAAAUUGUACAAAAACCUGAUUAUAUUAACAAAAGAGAAGCUUGUUUUUUAGAAGGUAAAAUUUAUUUUUAAUACUAAAAUAUGAUGAAAUUAUUGAUAAGAACAAAGUUCAAAUUUAUAAUUUUGGCAUUAAUUACUAUAUGUCAAUAUAAAAUUUAAAUUUGUUUUAGAUGAAAAGUUAUCUUCAUUUAAAAUACUAUUGGGCGCAUCUGUUCACGAUUUAUUGUACCGUAAUGCAAUAUCUACAUGGGACAUGAUAGAUCAUAUUGAAUUAUAUAAAGAUUAUUUAUAUAUUUUAAUUGUUGACACGCAUAAAAACAUAAUACGUGUCGUUUUAGACAAAAGUAUUAACACUGAAAAUAUUUUGAAAGCAUACUUUCACUCAAACAUAUUAGGUCAUUUAAUAAGUCCUAAAAAUAAAUCCUCGUUGAUAAAACUUAAUCCUCUUCGAUCUGUAAGUAUUGAAUAAAAACACUUAUUAGCAUUUAUAAUUAAUAUAGAGCUAUAAAUUGUUUCAGAUGAAAUACACAUCCAACAACACUCAAUUCUGUUGCACACAUUCAGAGUACAUUAAACUAUCAUGUGAUUUUGUUAAUAAAAAUUUUGAUAAAUUUCUCUUGCAUGCUAAAAUGUCAGGUAUUUAAUUAAUAAUAUAUAUUAUACUAUGAAUGCAUAUAUUAUCACUGAUUAUUUAUUUUAUGUUAGAUUGGAGCUGUAUAAAUCACCAUCUAGUUGUUGAUGAAUGGAGAGCUUCGUGGUAACAAAUUAUUAAUAAACUAGCCAGACACAUUCAAGAAGAAAACAUAAUAUUACUGUCAAUGAAAAUAUAUUUUUGACGAAAAAAUAGUAAUGAUACAUAUCACAGUGUUAUUAAAUUUAAUUACAUUCAUAUUUCUAUCUUGGAUGAUCCUGUUUGAGAUAAAUGUUUAACAACAUCAAUCCAAUCAUAUCCUCGUGGUUUUUCUCCUUUGGAAUCUAAACGAUCCCAUUGUUUUCUUUUUUGAGCUUUGCUCAUAGUUUCUUUUUUGACUAUUUUUUUUGUAGCUUCGUCAUCAUUUUCUAUAGUCUUAAAAGCACAAAUUCAAAUACUAAUUAAAAUGUAUAAUAUGAAUGAUAAAAAUACUUACAAGCUUAAUUAUGUUUUCAAUAACUUCUUUUUCUGGUUGGUCAGCAACUAGAUCUACAGCAAAAUCUUUGAGAAAUUCAAUAAGAGUAAAUGUCAUCGAUUCUCCCAAAUAAUGAUCAGCCUCUUUUGAAAUCUGAUCUUUUAUAUUUUGUUUAACUGAACUGACUCUAU